UCAGUCAGUAGAGCAGUGUGCCGCUGGAGAGCUCUCUCGUCGACCGCAGGCUCCAGCUAAAAAUACGUGACACCUAACGUUUAAUUUUUUCAAUUUUUAUUUAUUAAUUUCUCAUCGUCUUGUCACCUCAAGCAAGAUGUAACUGGUUGACAUCACCCCAAGAAUAUUAAUGCAUUUGAAAAGAGCCGGGAGCGAGUGCGCAGAGACGAGAAGCCGAGCUGUUUUGGCGAAUGGAACUUAUUGUUGUGCAUUUGUUUUGACUAUGUUAGCCCCAAGUGAGUUUGGGUCUAGUCCGUCUCUGUCCGUCGUCGACCCUUGAAUUUUUGGGAUUUAUAUCCGAAUAGUUUAAGGGGAAACAUCGAAGGAGGAUUCUGCAAAGCCAGCAAGCUUUUCCUACAGAGCCGGGGAUUUAAAUCGUCAUUUGGUGGUGCUCCGGGAGAGACGAGAAUCAAAGAAAGAAAUUCAUGUGGCCAUUCUCUCUAUAGCCAAACAUUUUUUUGGGGAUUGCAUAAUGAGCAAGGGACGACCUAAGAGGAAUAUCAUUCAAAAGAAAUAUGAUGACAGUGAUGGCAUACCGUGGUCAGAGGAGCGUGUUAUGCGGAAGGUGCUUUAUCUCUCCCUAAAGGAGUUUAGGAGUGCACAGAAACGGCAGCUGGAUGGUAACGGGACCCCAAACUCCAAUGGUUCCCUAGCCAAUGGGCAGUUGAACGGCUCCGGGUCAAAGGGCAGCCACAAAGAAGAUGGGUCCUUGCGCUCUCAGGGCCAUGGCAGCCAUGAGUACUGUGAGGACGGUCCUGCAAAGAAGAGACCUCGGCUCCAAGCCCAGAGGAAGUUUGCCCAGUCGCAGCCCAACUCGCCCAGCACUACACCCGUCAAGGUGGCCGACCCAGGCAGCCUGAACACCGCCCUAGCUACUGUGCCCUCCACAUCCCUGUCAUCACUCUCCUCUUCGUCCCUGUCCUUGUCCAUUCAGGACCUGUCCAGACGUAAGCCCAAGACGGAGGACUUCCUCACCUUCCUUUGCCUCAGAGGUUCUUCGGCCCUGCCCAGCAACAUGGCCUACUUUGGCAGCUCCCAGGAGGAGGAGGACCUGGAGAACGAUGACGAGGAGGAGGAGGAGGAGGUGAGGAAUGGAGGUGGGAUCCACUCUCACAGUGGGGGAAGCAACAGCCAAGCCUUGGCCUUCUCCUCUUGCCACUCGACACCCCGCAAGGGCAAGCUCCCCGCCAGACAGCCGCUUAAUGGGCAUGUUUUCAACAGCCAUGGUAAAGCUGGGACCAGGGAGAGUCCGAGGCCCAAGGCGGGAACUCACGGCAGGGAUGCGCCUGCACCACCACUGCCACCUCCUCCGCCUCCACCUCCGCCCCUGCUGAGGGAGCGCAGUGAGCGGGCGGAGGCACGGGAGCAUGCAAGGGAACAGCAGGCCCUGGCCAGCAGUAGAGGCUCAGCCAUUGGGCUGCCACCAAGGAGAGCUGCUGAGGAGCUACGCAAACAGGCCUCUAAAGUGAAUGGGCUGACGCGGGCGGGCUCGGCACAAGCUGUCGGUGGUGCCAAAAAGAGCCGUGACUUCCGACUGCCGUCCAAAACUGUGAAGAAAUACACAGCCACCGUGUCCAAGGGCCACGUCACCUACACCAAAGCCAAACAGAAAGAACUGGGCAAGAAAACCAAACUCAGCAACAGCAACAAACACAACAGCGCCGCCUCGACACCAUCGUCAGCGAACAAUCACAAUCAGCACAGCCAGCCAGCAGCCAGCAAUGGGCUGGCCAACUCAGGAAAAGCAGCGGCACCAGCCCACCACAGCAAUGCAAAAACCCGCAAACAGGUGCUAUUAUCCAAUGGGCUGCACAAUGUGGCUGCCACCGCCCGCCUCAACGGCAGGCUAAAUGGGCAGCGGCACAACAUCUUGACCAGGGAGGACGGGCAGAGACAGUAUCAGCAGGGGGAGUGCCCGGGUCGAGAGGGACUGCGUAACUCAAAGCGGCGUCUAGAGGUGGUCCUCAAUUCUGUGGGGACAGGGAUUGUUGAUCACAAAGCCAAAACCACUGGCACUGAAGCCAAGAAAGCCAAGCUUCAACCCACGCCCCUGGAGACACGCAGCAGCAAGAAGGCGGCCAAUCAAGAGAAAGUUGCCACACAAACCACCACCCCUACCACUCCAGUUUCUAAUGGACAUGAAUCAGUCACAUCCCCUGCUCCUAAACAAAGUCCUCCUGUUACCCCACUUCCACUUCCCUGUACCCCUCCUCAACACACCCCGCCUCCUUUUACACCAGCAGCCAAUUCGGAGCCGGUGAACCAGCGACCCAAGCGGGCAUCAGCCGGCAAGCUGAUGUUGAUUCGACAAGCGCAGCAGCAGAGCAGGUCUCACGGUCGGAGCUCCUCCUCCUCAUCCCCUUCAUCAGGCCAGAAUCAGCCACAGAACCCCAGUCGUACCAGCACUACCUCAGACCCCCAACAAACCUCUGUGUCCUCCUCCACCACCUCCUCUCUGCUUAUAUCCACCAACAACACCGGACUCAAGCCAGCAGCUUUUCGGCCCACUGAUCGUGACAAGGAGUGGGAGCAUGAGAAGGAGAUGGCACGCCAGAAGGAACGUGAGCAGGAAAAGGAGUGGGAGCGCCAGCGGAGCAGGCCAGAUGGAUGGGCAGCACUGGGUGAAGCCCCUGUCUUCCGGCCAGUGCCGCGGGAGUUCCAGGACCCUCUGGUGUACUUGGAUGCGGUGAGGGAACAGGCCGAGGUGGCUGGCAUGUGCCGCGUGGCUCCACCAACCGACUGGAGGCCAGAGUGCAAACUGAGCGAGGAGAUGCGUUUUGUUACACAGGUACAGAGGGUCCACAUGCUUGGCCGGCGCUGGGGGCCCAACGUGCAGCGGCUGGCCUGCAUCCGCAAGCACCUCAAAUCUCAGGGCAUUACCAUGGAUGAGCCUCCUGUCAUUGGUGGCUGUGAAGUGGACCUGUCACGUUUUUUCCAGCUCAUUAAUGAUAUGGGCGGCAUGCAGCAAGUGAUGGACCUGAAAAAGUGGACCAAGCUAGCUGACCUUCUGCGCAUCCCUAAGUCAGCGCAGGACCGGCUGGCCAAGCUGCAGGAAGCGUACCUCCAGUACAUCCUCUCUUAUGACUCGCUCAGCGCCGAGGAGCGCCUGCGACUGCAGGCCGAGGUGCUGCAGGAAAAAAAGAACCUGGAGUUGCGCCGGGGCCCUCUGGAAGGACUCUCGGACUCCUCAGCACCUAGUGCACUGGUGCUGCCGCGCUAUGAGCCCAAGAAUGGGCUAGUAGGUGGGAUAGUGGGAGGGGCAACAGGAAACCACCGCACCAAUGGAGUGUAUCACCAUCUGAAGGAACUGGAGGCUCAGGUCAAAGCGGGCCGGCGCCGGCUCUUCGCUCAGGAAAAACAAGGCAAAGAGGACAGGCAGCAUGGAGAGGAGCAACAGCAGCAGGACGAGGACAGGGGCGUUCUCAGUGACCAGCACAAAUGUAUUAACAAGGGGAAAUCUGUGUCUUUGACUAACUUCUUCAGGAUAGCCCGGAACACCAUGACCAUGUGCUUUAACAAGGAACCAGGGGCUGCUGAGGUUGAGGAAGAGUAUUGGAGGAUUGUGGAGCAGAGAGACAGCCAUGUGGCGGUGCAUUGUGGGAAGGUGGACACCAGUACACACGGCAGCGGAUUCCCCACAGGAAAGUCAGAGCCAUUUUCAAAACAUGGAUGGAACCUCACUGUCCUCCCCAAUAACUCUGGAUCCAUUCUGAGGCAUCUGGGUGCUGUGCCUGGGGUGACCAUUCCCUGGCUUAACAUUGGCAUGAUCUUUUCUACCUCAUGCUGGUCUCGAGACCAAAAUCGCCUUCCAUAUGUUGAUUACUUACACACUGGUGCUGAUUGCAUUUGGUAUUCUGUCCCUGCUGAGGAGAAGGCUAAGCUGGACAAGGUGGUCCAUACACUGCUUCAGGCCAAUGGCACCCCAGGACUAGAAAUGUUGGAAAAGAACAUCAUGAUCUCUCCAGAGGUGCUGUGCCGCGAAGGGAUCACGGUUUACCGUACGGUCCAGCGGAGCGGCCAGUUUGUGGUCUGCUACCCAGGUGCUUUUGUCUCUAAAGUGUGCUGUGGCUACAGCGUGUCAGAGACGGUGCACUUUGCCACACCGCACUGGAUGAGCCUGGGUUACCAGGCUGCAAAGGACCUGAAAUGUCGUCGUAUAGCCAAACCCUUUUCCAUGGAGAAGCUACUGUACCAGAUUGCCACAGCCGAAUCCAAGAGGGACAAUGGCCUUCUCCUCACCACCAUCUCCGCCCUACUCAAAGACCUCAGGAACAUAGAGAUGCGCCAACGGCAGGAACUGUACAAGGCAGGUUUGCUUUCCUCCGCCCGCUACGGCACACAUGACGGCAGCCUAGGGCCCGGUGAGGGACGCAAGAAGCCCCGCGGGAAAUGGCUGGCACUGGAGUCCUCAGAGAGACGCUGCCAGAUCUGUCAGCAUCUCUGCUACCUGUCCAUGGUGGUUCAGGAAACUGAUAAUGUUGUCUUCUGUCUGGAGUGUGCCCUGCGUUACGUGGAGAAGCACAAGUCCUGCAGAGGCCUUAAGAUGAUGUACCGAUACGAUGAGGAGCAAAUCAACAGUUUGGUGAACCAGGUGUGUGGCCGGGCCAUGUUAAAGAGUGCAGGUGGUGGAGUUGUCGUCAGUGCAGUAGGGGGGGACCCCUGCCAUGGCUUAAGCCCCGCCAAAGCAUCGCCGGCCAAGCGUGGCCCCCGAAAGCGCACCACCGUGGAGGUGUCCCUGGCACGCUUGUCCUCCAGCCACAUUCCCAAGGCUGCUGCUGUGUCCUGAGAGGGACGCCACAACAUCACCACCCAGUAGGCUGUGCACUCCCAAACGGCCGUGUUUUGUUUUACAUUAGGCAGGAUCACUAUCAAUCCCUCCUCCACCACCACCCAGUUUUUAAGAUUUAUUGAUUGUUUUUGAGCUUUGAAAAUCCCCUUACCUGACCUCAGUUCUCCCCCCCAUCCCCCCACUUAGUAUGACAGGCUUGUUUAUAAAAAAGAAAAGAAAAAGGAAAGCAAGAUGUCUUUUUUGCACUAGUGUGAAAGAAGAAUUUGUUUUUAUUCUGGAGGAUUUUAAUUUUAGAAACCCCCCGUCCCUCCUUAAGUCAUCCUUUACAACAUUACAAGCAUUAAGUGUAACGUUCACAAGAAGACUUGAUGGGCCUGGUUUUACCCUUUACCUCCAUCUUCCCUCAAAUGAAAUGGGUUACAUUUGUUACCUUCUUCUUGCAUCACUCUUUCCUGCCCUCAUCUCCCCCUGAGACUGAACCCCGUCCCUUCUCAUCAUGCGUCACUGAACUGUGAACAUGGGACAAAUGGAAAAAGGCGGCCUUUUUUCUCCCUCUCCAGUUUUGUGAAAGGAAAAUGACAUCAAGUAGUUACCCAAAGUUUCUCUCUGUCCUUGGUUUGAGGAAGAAGAGUCCUUUUUUUAACAAUUUUAUUCUUUCUUGAUGCAGCUCCUGCAUUGUUUUUAUUUUGAAAGGGGGGGUGGUGCCGCGAGGUAAAAACUUGAAAGACAGACAUUGGUUUGUUGGUUGGCUAUUUGUUUUUUCAAGUCCUAUUUUGAAUUUUAGCUUUGUUUUUUGCUAGUUUAUUUGCAAGAAGUCUUCUGUGUAUUUUAUUUUUUUUUGUCAUUGUGGAUGUUUCUGUUCGUUGGUGGAUAUGAGAGGGGGGCAGAACUACAGCUGCUUGACCUGUGUAAGGUCACCGCUCAACUCACUUCCUGGUAGUAUGGAGGGAUCCCUCCUUCGCUAGCAAGUGAAAACUGUGCCUGAUACUUGGCGAGGAGAUCCAUUUUAUUGGUGCUGUUGGUUAUAAUUACUGUAUAACACAAAAAUAAGAAACAUUUGGGGGUUAGCGCCUGCUGUCGGCUAACCGCUAGCUCACGCACCCCCACCCCACAGGGCAGAAAGGCUUUGAGGCUUUUCUGGUUCUAGAUGUGCAAUCGUGUUAACAUUCCAUUCUUCCAGUCCUCUUGUUUCAUCUGUACCAGUAAACAUUAAUUAUUAUAUUAUAUUAUAAUUAUUUUUUGUGUGUUUUUUACUUUGUUGGUCUGAUGUGUUAUCUCAAGUAGAGCCACUAGUCAAAGAGUAUAAAAUGUGAAAUCUAAGUUUUGGUUGUUUUUUUUUAAAUUGUCCUUUGUUUUUUGGCUUUAGCAUUUUUUUUCUUUUCCAGAUAUAUGAUGAGUGAUUUUUAAAGAGAGGAAAAAGUCCAACACAAACAAAACAUCAACUUUUUUUGUACAUAAUCCUGUAAAUUACUUUAAAUACUUGAGCCUUUUGCUGGGGUUAAGGAAGUGAGAAAGGAAGGAAGGAAGGACUAGAGAAGAGAAAAAGUUCCAGAGGAGAGUGGUUGAUGAAGAAAAAGCCUUACAUUUCCCUUUCUUCAUCCGUGUGAGUUUGACGCUUACAGGGUUGCUCUGGUAAACGUGUAUAAAUAAAAUUUAAGUGCUGCUUAUAUCACUAAGAAAGAAGAUAUCGAGUAGCCAACAACUGCCCCUCCCCAACCUAGUUUUGUUUGUUUAGCUUUACUUUUUUAAAGAAAAGGGAAAAAAUAUGUUAAAAAAAUGGGUUUUUACAUUUUCAUUACUGAAAAUUCAACAAAAAUGUAGUAGCUACUCAUGUUGCACUGAGCUUGCCAGUGGUGACUGUCAAGGAAAAAUCCUAUUAUCCAGUUUGUUGGUUGUCGUCCCUCACAGAAGACUGAACUGUUUUAGGACUAUUUAAUGAAAUACCAAGUCGGGUGUUUUCAACAUAAAACGGUGGUUGUCAAGUUUUUAUGGCCUUACAAUAUAUUUUAUUCUGAUGGGAUUUUGUUUUUCAUUUUUUGUGUUUGUUUCUUCCAUUUUCUACAGUAUAAACUACUUUCUCACAGUGGGGUCUCUGGUGACUUAAUUUAUUAGUGCCGCAUCUCGGCCUUUCCCUCCACUCAGAAAGAGUGUCUCAUGUUGGUUAUAUUGACAGUUUUUACUUUUGCAGUUUGUACUUGAGGUUUAAUAAAAACUUACGACAAUUCACUGUCUUUCCUUUGCAA